AUGUCUGCAAAUGACCCAUCGCCGGUGGGCUCGCUAAUCUUCACCGUAACCGCCCUGCUGGUAAUCAGUCUCGGAGUCCUGCUUCUCUUGAGACAUUACCUUCCUCUCCGAACAACGCCCGCAUAUCUACUCGUACCGAUAUUCUUUGCCCUGAGCCUUCCUGCCAGUAUCAUCCUCCUUGUCCCUAUUGAUUUGGCUUCCAGCGCCAGAAAUCAGGAUGCCGGAGGUAGUCGGGGAAUCUGGCUGCCGGACAGAGCACUUCUCGUAGGAUGGCGGAUCUCGUACUGGCUCACAUUUGCCUUGACUUGGUUCAUCCUCCCGGUAUUAGCCGAGUACGCCGAUGCUGGUUAUAGAGACCCGAAAGGACGCCUCCUCUAUUCCCUGCGCGCCAACGCCCAAUACCAAGCGCUGGUCCUGGGAGCCGGCAUAAUCGGGAUGAUAUACGUCUUUGUGAGCUACCAGGCCUCGCUGAACUCCUUGAAGGGAACGGUCAUGGUAUUGGCAUACGUUUGGGGUUUGAUGCUGGCAAUCUACCUCAUGGGCCACGGACUUGUUGCAUUACCGAGACGUCUCUUCCGGAAUGCCAGUAUCAGUGGAAGGCUUAGACGGAUACAAGCCAACGCAGCGAAGGUUCACGAAAAAAUGGAGGAUGCCAUACGGCUUUUAGAGGACUGCGAAGCGCAAGUUGCAGCACUGGCUCAGAGAAAAACAGGCUCAGCAAGCAAAUUCAAGGACUGGAUCGAAGAGCUGGCUGACAACUCGCACCUCCCCGAAUCUCGUCCUCAUACUUUGACUCGGCGUAUGUCCGAACCUCAAGUUAACGUUCCACAUGUGAUCACAGAGCGUUAUCUAGCUGAGCUAAGUCGACAGCUUGAUAGAGCCAGGCAUAGCCGAGCGAGAUAUCUAGACGAGUGGGACGGCUUACUGAGGGACGCUGUGGAAACACAGGCUAUUCUCGAUUCUGCCGGGUCCAAGAAGAUAGAAAUUGGACAAGCGUCACCCGAUGCUCGAUUCCUCGAGCGGUUCACUAUUCUGACACCGUACACACGAUAUCUCUACCUCUACUUUCUGCUUCCGUAUAUGAGAAUCGCCUUGGGGGUUUUUCUCUCGAUGGCAUCUUUCUGUAUCGUCUGGUCGGAAGUCAUCAAGUCCGUUAACCCUCUGCUAUCGAUCAUCGCUGUCACCGUUGUCCAUCAUCCUACCAGCGAGCGCGGCCAGAUAGGAUUUGCCGGUCAAGUCAUAGCAGCGUGUUGGAUCUUGUAUAUGUGCAUGGCGGCACUCACUUCGCUAACCGAAGUGAAGGUAUGGCGUGGACGGGCCUUGGUGAAGCGCAAUACCCAUGGUGAAAGCGCAAUGUGGUAUUCUAUGCAGGUUGCCAAGCUAUCUGUCCCUCUGGCUUUCAAUUUCUUGACGUUCCUGGCUCCGGAUAUCUACAGCGAAACUGUCUUUUAUCAGUUUCUCGGAAAGCUCAUCAAGCUCACCCAGCUAGGAGAGAGGUUCGAUUGGCUCUUCCCAACCUUCAUUUUGAUACCUGUCUGCGCUACACUCUUCGAAUUUUACGGAAAAGCGAAGAGGUGCUUCGGGUACGGUGAAGUUAUCGACGAUGGCGACGAAGAAAAUGACACGGGGUACGGUACUGGUUCUUGGCGUGAAGGACAAGAUCUGAUUGAGCGAGAACUGCAAGGCCACUCCUCCUUGGGCCGCUUGGCUCAAAGUUCCUCAGACCGAUACCACGUUCCCAACAACCCGAACAACAGGGUCGCACCGAAGGUCGCGGUACCUCCUCCUCACAGACGGCUAGGCCAAGCAUCAACGUCGGCAUCGGCAUCACGACCUAGCGUAGACCCGCAGCAACGCGGCGCAGCAUCCGAAAGCUCACACGAAGACGAGAACUUCUUCGAGGCGUUCGGACACCGCGUUAAAAAUACCUUUGACACGGUCCAGACGCCGAAAUGGCUUCAGGAAAUGGGUGAUGGUAUCAAGAGGCCAAAAUGGAUGGGUGGGGAUGGUGCAGGCGAAGCGGAGCCGAGUCGGAGUGGUAGCGACCUCACCAGAUGGUUCGCCGGUGGCGGCCGGGAUGAAGGGAGAGUGAGGCUGUAG